AUGACUCAGCGCUGUCUCGUCUUCAAAGCAGUAAUAGCUCUCUUGCUCAUAUCGAAAGAUGUAGUCAACGGUUUCACCAUAGGCAGCAGCAGUCCAAAUAAGCAUCAUCAUCAUGACACGGGAGCCACCAAAAGCAGUCGGAACAGCCAAGAGACAACCGAUAUUGUACCACCUGAUGAUGAAAAAACACUUGGAGACUAUAUUGCAAAUGAAGACGAAUGGUUCAAGGAUGAUGUAACUGAUAUUGAGAAGGGGGCCCCUAAAUCUCAGCUUAUCAAGUUUUUGAAGGGAAAUGAAGAUUAUUUCAAACCGACUCAAAUGCGUCUGAAGAUCGACUUGGCUCAUUUCUUGAAGACAGGGGAAAGUAGACCGUCCAUCUCUAGGACUGCAGCAACUGCAUCACAGCGUGUGACAGACAUUGACUACGACAUCAGAGAUAGCAAGAUGGUGUACAAACGAGACUUGAAGGCAUUCGCGGCUCGGCUGGACAAACUCUUUGAGUGGAAGAAUAUCCAUUCAAACGAGUAUAUGGCUCCUUAUUUUCCACUAAUACAAUCCAGUGGAACCGGCGAGACCAAGUUGAUGCACGAAUAUAAAAACUUAAUGACGAUGGACAAAACAGACGUCCAUGUGGAAUCUAAUCGUAUGACGAUGAUGAUGGACACUACAUGCAUGGGUUCCUAG